AAGUUGGCAACACUGAUACUAGGGCCCCUUUAAAGCAAAUACAGUUUCCUGUAAAUAUAAAAGUAAGAUUUCACUUAUCAUAAAAGACAGCUGCUCCUACAGCCUCAACAACAUUUAGAAAUAUGUCUGCAGUCGCUGCACGCAACUUCCUUAAAGGGUAAUGUGCCAAAAAAGACCUGUCUUGGUGUUAAAAUGACCCAAAAAAAAGGGGGAAGACGAAACAAAACUGUUCAUGUUCAGACAAGCUUAUCAUCUUCAGACAGACAUUUCCUUUCGCUAUCCCAGUGACCACCGGAUAUUACGUCACUAAACAUCCCCAUGGGACUCAUCGUCAUUUCCUAAAAUGUUCCAUAUGGUUCCAAAAAUAAGGCUGAGAUGCAAAAAAAUACAGAUUACAAUUUAACCAGCAACUUCAGGGGCAAGAAGAAUGGGGGAAACACAAAAAGUACAUUUCAUUAAAACAAUAAUACAGGAUAUAGCAAAGAUAUAUAAACAUAAAAAGGUGUUCCCUAAUGUAACCUUUGGAUCUCCUUAACCAGAGGUAAGUGCCACCGAGUGAUUAAGAUCCUGUGUAGGGGCGGAUGUCAGCAGUUCCCCCUGCGCAUGUUUAAACAGAAACUAGAGGCAACCCACAUUCCUUUUCAAGCAGAGAACCUAAGUGUAUGUUUUUUUUAUUUUGUUGGAGGGUUGGUUAGCUGUUUGUAGCUUUAGUACACCCACACAGCAGCAGCAGUGAGGUGACUGCAAACAGAGAUGAAACGAGAGAGCAGAGAGAACACAGAGAGAGAAGGGAGAUUCUUUGUCUGUCAAGCUGAUUGUUGUUAAUGACAGAAAGAAUGAGGAAACUUUGCCUCUUUUUCCUUGUUUUUGUUCUCUGUUUGAGAGGUACUCUCCAGAAAACAGGCUCUGUCAUUGCAGUGCCAAGAACAUUUCUCGGGGAGUCAGUAAUUCCAAUCUUGUUUGUCCUUAAUGGGACACAGGCUCCCAAUACAUCUCAAUCCCCUCCAGCACUGCAGUCCCUAAGCAACAGCACAGUGAGGUUCCUCAACGGGCCCCUGAGCACCCGGGUCAUCCCCAUCAUUUACACGUUGGUCAUCAUUGUCGGGGUCCCGGCUAAUGUCGCCAUCUUGGGCAUGCUGGCCACCAAAAUCAGGAAGGUGUCCUCUGCCAUACUCUACUUCAGCCUGGCCGUCUCCGACAUCUUCCUCCUGUUCUCCCUCCUCUUCAAAGCUCACUACCAUUUCCAUGGAAACCACUGGGUGCUCGGGGAGGCUGCGUGUCGGGUGGUCACGGCCUGUUUCUAUGGCAACCUCUACUGCUCGGCUCAGACGUUGGCCUGCAUCAGCAUCAUGCGCUACCUGGCCGUGGUGCACCCGUUCAUGUACAAAAGCCUCCCUAAAAGGGCGGGCACUGCGUGGGUCACCGUGGCAGUGUGGGGGGUGUUCGGGGCCGCCGUGGUCCCCGAGCUCCUGAUGCAGCAGAGCUAUUGGCUUCCUGAAGUGCAACGCACCACCUGCCAUGACGUCCUGCCCCUGUUAUCAAACUCCCACGUCUUCCUGCUCUACUACAACCUGUUUCUGACCGUCUUCGGCCUCCUGGUGCCGCUGGUGGUCACAGUUGUGUGCUACGGUCGCAUCGUCUGUGAGCUCAAUCGAUCGCACCACGACUGGGCCAUGUACAUCCAGGCCAGCUCUCUGGUGUUUGUGAUCUUUCUGCUGUGUUUCACUCCCGCUGGAGUUCUGCACCUCCUCCAUUAUGUGCAACUGUUUGUGUACAAGACGGAUAGUUUGUACGUGCAUUUUAAAGUGGCGGUGUGUUUGUGCUGCCUCCAUGCAUGUCUGGACCCUUUCCUCUUUCUCCUGAUGUCAAAAUCUGCAGGCACCAGCCUUUACUCCAGGGCCUUUAAAGGCAAGACUCUGAGCUUGUCUGUCUAAGAGCAUAUUAUGUGUCACUAAAAACCAGUUUUGAUUGUGUUGCAGAUAAAGAGAGAGAGGUUUUUUAUUUGGGGCUGGAAUCCAAAGUCUGUAAUUAUGUCAAGCAAGUAAUUGAAUAACCUUUUCGUUGCAUUUAAUGUGUUUUCUAUAUUAUUUAUAUAGCAAUAGUUCUCAUGUGUGAGGAUAUGUCAAAGUCAUGCAAUGGAACAACAGAUGCUUUAUUUGUUAAUGGAUAUGUUUGUAAAUAUGAAAAGAAUGUAUGUUUUUAAAAUAAUAAACAGGAUAGUUAUUUUAUUUAUUUCACGUCUUUACAACAGUCA